AGCUACAUCGGGUUUCCUAUAUAAACUGUCGUUAAUGUGUCUAUGAGAAGACUGGCUUCAGUCACAUUGCUGUUGUCAUCGCUACUGACGCCUUGAUUGUCUGAACGCCCUCGGCACAGUGGACUUGUGUUAGCAAAGUUAACCCAGAAAAGUUCUGUGGACAUUCUUGACAAUGGUUCACCUGGCAGCAUCCAUCUGUGUCUUUUUUCUCGUCUGCUUCCCGAUUCUGACCUCAGCAUUCGUCAAGACUGAUCUUGUGUCGCUGGCCAAUGAGAGAUUACUGCGGUCGAACCAGCAAUCUUGGCUUGAGUUUGCCGACAACAGAACCGGCGUCGAAAUCGGGGCCACAUUAUUCGAAUCCAUCUCGCUGGGCUGCUUGGCCGUUGGCUCCUCCAAACCUACCAUCUACUGGUUGAAGGACGGCGUAGUCAUACGGGGUUCGCCAACAGUGGUGGAGCUGGAGACGAACACCGAGGAGAAAAUGCAGGUAUCCAGCACAGAAUCCCAUCUGUACCUGAACUGUUUGGACAGCAGCCACAGUGGUGAAUACACCUGCGUGGCUUUAAUACCCGGCAGGGAGAUUAGCAUGACCAUGAACCUCGCCGUCACUGAUGAUAGGGGCUACACUAGCUGUCUCAUCGAACAGCCUACCGAAGGUGAGGAGGCCAGAGUCUACAUGUGGACUAGGGGGCGCUUGGAGUAUCAAUCCAAGGACGUGCAGCUCUUCUGUAGAGGAUACGGUACUCCACAACCCGAAAUCAAGUGGUUGGAUACCAACGGCACCCUGAUCGAGAGCUCCGAGAAGUACACUAUUGAUAGUAGUGGGGACUUGAUCAUCCGAAACAUUAACUCUGAGAACGAGGGUGUGUAUAUGUGUGGUGCUAUAAACUCGAAAGGAGCGCAAGCCAUGCCUGUCUUCCUCUAUGUCAUUCUUCCACCAGAAUAACAUGCUACAAUACCGACAAGCAGCUUCAAGUCUACUACAAAGAUUUGAUGAAAGCAGACACAUGUCUGGUGAAGAAUUUUCAAAAAGAAAUAAAAUCUGAAGGAAGACAAGAGGUCUUUUUGUUGUUGAUGUUUCAGUUGUAGCUGCUUUGGGGUUUGUCUUCUGCCCAACCCUCCUUCUUCUUCUCUCUGGAGGCUUUAUAUAGAUACGAGUGUCUGUUGGAAGGCCAGCAACACAGUCCGGGACAACUUUCAUUGUUUAUGCAAACCCUUAAUGAGCAACCACACGCUAAGCUGUCGAUGAGCCGUUGUUAGUUUUAUUUAUUCAAAGCUCUAUUCACUUUGGGUUGAUAUUAUUUGAAUUGUCUUUAUUGAUUACCGUUAUGUUAUUCAGUUUGCUUUCUCUGCAACUGUUGUGUUUUGUUACUUAGCUAAAUGACCUGUAUUUAAAAGAAAACAUCUUGACUGUAGCAUUGACAAUAAAGCAAAAAUUAAG